AUGGUUAUGCCUGCAUUAAAAAUGGAGCAGGAACAGGAUGGACUGUUUAUCCUCCUUUGGCCGGUGUUCAAAGUCACUCUGGUGGAAGUGUAG